AUGGAUAACGAGGAAUGGAAUCAUAAGGUCAGAGACAAAAUGGGCAAGUAUGUUAAAUCGCUAGCAUACUUGACAUUAAUUUUCAUCAUUGUUUUUUUAAUUUCAGGUGUUUGGCACGCAAUUUUAACAAAGCAACUCAAUAGCGACUUCUUUUUACUUGUUGGCGGAAAAAAGCCUCGCGAUAUUUGCAUAUCAAUUUGUGCUCUUUCAUUCGGAAGCAUUGUCUUAAUGAUUGUACUUGUUUGUUCAUUAUAUUUAUCAGGCACAAAAUUCAUUAUGCACGCCUUGUUUUGUGCAUUAACAGUUAUUUCUAUUCUAUCGACCAUUGGAUUAACUCUUACAAACCUUGUUUUAACCGCUGAUAAAGCUCAAGAUCGCUUCAAGAAGCAAAUUACAGAUUACGUUGAUAACAAUUCUACAAAUGAGGUUGUUUCGACAUGGAUGAAGAAGUAUCAAUGCACUAGUUCAACUUCAUGUGAAAAAGCAAUUAAGCAAUACGUUUCAUUCAUUUGUAAUGGUGAAUUAGUUGCUUGCUGUGUAAUGCUCUUCAUCACAAUAUCAUGCAUUAUUGGAGUCUCAAUUGCUGUUGGAAAAAUGGGAAUGCUCAAGCGACCAGAUGAUGAACCAGAUAAAUCCAACUUAGCUUAA